UUUUAGUACAUGAAUCACCCUCAUGUUACUACAAAACUGUAUAUUUAUCGAAAUAACACUUCAAUCAAAGCAAUCCUCCUUGAUAACAUUCUAUUAUUUCAUCGUAACAAGCUCAAUGCUGUCAACGUCACUUACUAUAUGGUUGUCAUUUUGUGUCGCGUCUAUUUUUUAAUUAUUUAUUUUGUAAUCCAUUUACUAACAUGAUGUUAAUUUACGCGUGCACGAUAAUGCUAUCUAUAGCUAUAAUGAUAUGUGAAAGCCAAGCGUAUUACGAGAAAAUAACGUCUCCUAACGUUGGUACAGUUCUGUUCUCUACGAACGAUGUCAAUAAGAAGCAAUGGUCCAAAACGGACAUUGGAUUGUUGCGAGCACGAAAAUAUUUCCAGUCACUACUACCUCCUCCUGUCUUUAUAAACACGUUUAGUGAGGAUUACGUCAAGAUACUACUCGGCUUCUUCAGAGACGCAUACGCGGCCAUUAAAAAGGAGUCGCACGACCCCGAAACAGACACAAUUAUGACGACAGCCCUCUCCGAUGCUAUCGGAGGCUACCUCAAAGUGUGGGUCCUACCUGUCGCGAAACUGGACUACUACGGGGGCACCGUCUCGCAGAACAACGUCAUCAAACUAUUCCAGUUCUACAACGAGAUCAAACGAUACCUAGACACUGAUGGAGCCGGCUGGCGGAAACCUGACGAAAAUGUACUCAACUCUAUGACUAUUAACGUUGCCCCACUAAAACUUGUGUCAAAUACUAGAAGCAUGAGUGAUCCCUGCGAUCAUUUAGCUUACUUCGAAAAAACUCCGAAUGGUCUAACUAUACCCAUUCCUAACGUUCAUUGGAAUGAAAAAGUGAGCACGUUGUUUGUACCUCUCAAGAAUGUAAGCUUAAUCCCCAUGAACGCUCCAGAUACAGCGAACAAUCUGAUAAAGUAUUAUGAUUCAGCAAGAGGUUGCAUUCAGGCCAGUAAUCCUAAGGAACAGGAAAAGUUCGACGAAAGAUUCCAAGCCUGGCUUGCCAAAGAAGUUGUCCCUCAUUUAAAGGAUGAACAUUUAUACCUUGCACUGGGGAGCGUACUUUCUUUAGUAAACAGAACUAGAGAACUCUGCAAUAACGUUGUAGACUUAUAUGACACCCAUUGCGGCGGAUCUACGAUGAAAACUGGGGUAAAAUUAUUCCGUAGAUCACAUCAAACAAGCAAUAUGGAAUUUGAGGCUCAAUAUCCUUCUUCUUUGGUAACUAACACCGUUGCAACUGGAACUCGAUCAUAUUUCAGCUCUAAAGACCAAUCAGCUAGUGCAAUCAAAGCUGCGCCAGAUAUUGUUCCAAGGAAAUCUUCAAUGAAAAAGUUUUCUUCACCUAACUUCUCAUCAGAUCACACAAAUUCAACACACAUCCUAAACAUUUUAAGUCUUGAAGCUCUUGGUCCAGAACGCCGGACAAAUACGAGUUAUGCUACCAUUCAAGAAUCGCCUACGCCCGCAACCGCAGCUGAGAAUGAUAGGGUUGUAAGGGGUAAAAGAGAGAAAUCAUCAAAACAUGAGAGAGAAAUGGAAGAACGUAGAAAGGCCGAAGAAUGGAAACAAUACGAAGAAAAAAUGAAACUUGAAGAACUCAUAAGAGCUGAGGAAGCAAGGAAGUUUGAAGAACGUAGGGUAGCCGAUGAAUAUCGAAAACUCCAGGAACGAAUGAAGGCUGACGAAGCAAGACGGUUUGAAGACGGAAAACGAGCUGAAGAAGCGCGGGAGCGUGAAGAACGUAGAGCAGAUGAGGAAUUAAAGCGUCUAGAAGACCUUAAAAAGGCUGAAGAAUACAAGCAACUAGAAGAACUAAGAAGGGCAGAAGAAUGUAGACGUCUGGAAGAGCUAAAAAGAACUGAUGAAAUUAGACGCCAAGAAAAUUUAAAAAGAGUUGAAGAAUUGAAACGCUUAGAGGAAACGAAAAAAUGUGAGGAAAAAAAGCGAUUAGACGACUUGAAAAAAGCUGAAGAGCUUCGAAAGCAGCAACAACGUAAAAGGGUUGAAGAACAUGCAAAAUCAGCAGUACGCAAACACGUUGAAGAACAUAGAAAAUAUAAUGAACGUCAUAAGAGUGGAGAUUCUAGAAAAUCUGAUACUCGCAAAAUAUGCCUUCAACCUAGACGUCCCGAAGAACGCAAAAGAAGCACUGAAUCAAGAAGUCCAGAACAACGGAAAAGAAGUACCGAUUCAAGAAGUCCAGAGGAGCGUAGAAGAAGUGCUGAGUCAAGAAGUCUUAAGGACCAUGAAAGAAGUACGGAAUCCAAAAGUCCAGAAAAUAAUAAAAGAAGUGCCCAAUCUAGAAGUCCCGAAACUAGAAGUCCCGAAACUAGAAGUCCUGAAAACCGUAAAAAGAAUGCGGUCCCAAAAAAACCUGAAGAGCGUAAAAGAAGUGAAGACUCUAAAAAAGUGGAUGAACGUAAGCGACCUGAAGAAUGUAGGAGGAUGGAAGAAUUUAAAAAAGUCGACGAUAGGAGAAAAACUGAUGAGUCUAGAAAACAAGAAGAACGUAGAAAAUCAGAGGAAGCUAAGAAAUAUGAAGAGCGUAAGAAGCAAGAAGAACGCAGAAAGCACGAGGAACGCAGAAAAGCGGCGCUUAAGCGACAGGAAGAGCGAAAAAAGCUAGAAGACUUUUUCAAAAAGGAAGUCGAGAAAACCGCACAAGAAAUAAAACAAAUCGAAGAAGGUUACAAAAGCACUGACACGUAUAAAGCAAAAGAAUCAACACCUAGAUCCGGAAGACCGGGCACAGAAAGACGCAAAGUGAUUGAUUUAGAAAAAUGUGAGCUUGAUGAAACUGCGAACUCCGAAAAAAAUAAUACUUCUACUGAAAUAGAAAAACCGACAACUUGCAAAGGACCGGUGUGUGCCUGUGCCAACUGCCUACAGAGCAGCAAAGAAAUCGUCAGCAUCUGCGAAGUAACCUCAGGCAGCUUAACAGAAUCCAAAACUGUGGAAGACAAGCAGGUGGAAACAAAGACUACCAGGUUCCAAGUAACUAAAGAGUACAAGACAACCAAGAAAGGCAUCAAACUGCCAUCAGGGAAACCUUACUUAGAGAUUACAAUAGACAGACCAGCAACAGAGAUAAGUGUAGAUGUGGGUGGGAUCCGCCCGAAACCAGACAGCCAAGGAAAACCCAGUAAAAUACCGAAACUGACAACUUGUAAUGUGAUGCAACCGAUUUACAACUCACAAUUGCCAUCCCUUACUUUAAGUCCCACUGAGAAAAGAAAAAGUAUGAUACCACAACUUAAGAGAAAGACUGUUGAUGACUUAGACGUGUCUACCUCUCACUGUCCAAAGUCAGAUGAUAGCAGGUUGAACGAUACAUUUUAAAAUUUCAUUAUUAAUUUUGUGAUGUGAAUUUCGGGAAAGACCACUUGGCUGUGGAAUUAGUUUUAUUGUUAACUUAGUUGGUAUCGACUUGUUAUGAUUAAUUUGAUACUGUUAUUAAUAUUAUGUAUAAUAAAAUAUUUGUAAGUC